AUGGACUGCUCGUGGGAGAGCUGGGACGGGUCCGUCAUCUCGCUUAGGGACGCACAGUCCAUCCACUCGUCCCAGCCUGCGUUCCCGCCGCCGCGCGACCGCACAUUCACCGCUCGCUCGCUCGACGACUCCGAUGAGGAACGACGCGCGAUGGACGGCAUGGGAGGGUCCGAUGGCGGAUUGCAGCGGCCAAUAGAGGCUGUUGCUACGCCCGGAGACGCUCGCCAGCCGCUCAGCGAGUCUACGACGGCCGCUCAUCAUCCGACCCCCACCUCCACUCCUAUCGCUCCUCCUCGCGACGCAGACACGCCAGCAGCGAAUGAACUACAGCAACCACACCCACUCGCAUCCUUCCUACUCGCUGAACACUCCCUCUCGCCCCCCGCUUCGCCAACGACGUCUGUCUCGUCCUUCCCAGGCUCGCGGACGCGCCUCUCGUCUGCCGCAGGAGAGGUUGGGACUCGGUCGCGCAGCGGUCGAGCAGGUCGAGCAAGAGGACAUGGGAGGACGGGGAGUGUGAGUAGUACGGUCAGUACGGAUGGGAGCGCGCACGAAGAGGGAGGAAGCAGCGAAGACGACCACCACGCAGGAGCGGCAGGACUCGUCAUGCCCAGCCUGCACCUAGGUCGUCCCGCACUCUCGAACAGCUCGCGAGGAGCUACAGAGGAGCGGCCAGUCAAGCAGGCAAAGGUCCUCGUUCUCGGCAGGUCGGCAGACGAACGCAAGACGCUUGCAAUGCUCGUCUCGAAUGACGACGACCUGCAGCGCGUAACGAGCGGAGCAUCUGUCGCCGGUGCGACCGACAUGUCGUUUUCGUUCCUGUCGACAAAGCCGCCGAGUCGGCCUGCAGAGCGUUCGCGAACUCCACCCGCCGCUGCCGUCGAUCCCUUCGAGCGGAUUUCGUCGUCGCAGGGCUCGUAUGUCGGCCUCUACCAGCCUACGGACAGUCUCGAAGGCGAUGCUUUGCUCGCCGAACUAACCCGCCCGCUCGAGCGACUCGAAGCGAAACUCGACCGCGAGUACCCUUCGACGACGGGAAUUUGCCAGCUCGUCGAGGCCGCUGGCUGCGGCGACUUUGAGGCGUGCCUCUACCUCUUCUCUGCGCCUCCGACUGCCUGCGAGAUCGCCCGCGCCCGCCCAAUUUCCCACCUCAUCCCCCUCAUCCCCGUCCUCAUCCUCCCACCCUCGCCAACCGGCAAAGCACAACGCACGACUGCUCUCUCGCAAGCCGUACAGGAUCAGCUCGAUGGCGCAGGCGUCCGAUGGGUUCCCGCUCGACAGUCGCCUCGAGGUCGUACGAGUGUCGGCGGUGCGCUGUACAUGCUCCCGAGCGACUUGUUUGCUCGUCAUGAUGCGCAGCAGCUCGAGCACGACGCGCCAGACUCGUCUCCAACUUCGGAAGGCGGUCCUCCCUCAUCCUCGUCGCUGUCCUCCUCGCAGGAACUCCUUCCUCCUUCUCGCCUCUCCUCCGCGCCGGCUUCGACAGCAGGCGAAGCAAGUGGCGCCCACUCGCUCGCCGCCUCCGCGCCCUCCUCAACGCGCUCCUCCGAGUCUCUCUCCUCCCGCUCCUCCUCGCACAGACGCUAUCCCUACACCUCGCUCUUCUCCACCUCUGACGCGCUCUCCUCCUCACUCGCCGACCUAACGCGCCUGCAACGCCUCCUCCACGCGCCUUCUUCGCACGACUACCUGCGCAAAGAACGCGCGCGAGCGUUCGUAGAAUGGCGUGAGGUGGAAGUUGCGGCGAGGGGCGUGAACGUGAGGGCUGUCGAGAGUUUGCCUGCGGAGUGGGGGGAGGAGGCGGUGAAAUGGACGUCGGGAGAGGAGAGUGGUGAGGAAGGGGAGGGACGGAGGGGAGGGAAGAGGACGGAGUUGGAGUUCUCGAAGAGGGUGGCGGUGAGGAGGCAGGCUUUGUCGAGGCCAGUGACGGGUGCGACGUCGAUUGCCGAGUCUGGGCUGAGCCCGGUCGACGACGACGGAGACGUCCUCGCUGCAUCCGACGACGAAGACGCGCACGAUUCGCCGCUCGCGGAACACCACGACUCGCUCGGCACGUCCUUCACGAACGAACCUCUCACGCCUCGCUGCGCCACGCGAGACUUGCCCGUCCCGCUGGCUUCGAUCGCAACCGUCGUCCUCGGCGCCGAGACCUCGCCAACGGGAAGCGCUACCGACGAGGGCUAUUUUCCUCGCUACUCUUCGCCUUCGCCCGCUUGCUCGCACGCACGGCCGCACCUCGACGACGUCCUCGAGUCAUCUACUUCGUCGCUCCAGUCUUCGAACGCUUCCGGCGCCUCUAUCCUCGUCCUCCCUUCCUCCGACCCAUUCCAUCUCCCGAGUCUCCUCCACCUCGUUGGCCUCAACCUUCGCCUCUCGGUCUUUGCACCCGCUCUCAGUCCGGCAACCUCGACCGGAAGCGCGAGGUCCGUCGAAUCAGCCAGCGAAGACGAUGCAGCCUCGAAGGGCGAGCAGGGGCGCGAGAAGCGCCAGGCUAGUCGCGGUGGAUGGGGAUGGCUGCGUACCACGGCUGUCCUGUCGCUCGUCUUUGCGGCCGGCAUCGCCGUCGGGACGCAGAUCGCGGCUGCUGUCGAUGGAGGAGCAGGAGGAGGAGGACUCGGCGGGUCCGGCUGGGUCUGCGCGUCGACUUUUGCCAGGCGCGUCUGA